CCAUAGUGAUGGGAUUAAGAUAGCAUUCUUGCAAUCAAUAGCCAGUGGCAGUGUAGCAGGUCAGUAGCAGCGGCGCCAACCUCAAACCAAAAGGAUAUUUAACAACUGUGGUAACACUUACAAACUACUCAACCGCAAAAUGUACAAGUACACCGCACUUCUGGCGCUACUCUUCGCCGCCACCUUAGCAGUGGUGCAGGCUGAGCCACCACGUUUUCGUGCAGCACUACGUCGCGCACCAGGCCGUUUCCUUGCACGACAAGAGGCCGAGGUCGCUGAUAAUCCGGACGAUGCGCCACCAGCUGUAGCGGCUGAUCAGCCAGCGCCUUAUCCACCAGCUGGAGUCACACCAUCGAUUCCCUUCGAUUUGCCAACAGAGACGGAGGCACCACUCCCCGAUGAGGUCUACGGACCACCGGAAGAGGAAGACCCCACACCCGACCCAACCUAUGGUCCACCAGAGGAGACUACCACUUUGUCGGCUCCCGCCGAUGCCGCUGAGGUCGACGUCGUCUCAGCGAACUUAAUUCAACCCCGUCAGAAAUCCGUUUUGGCCAAACAACGCGCACGCGGUGUUGUGCGCUCACAGCCGCUAAUCCUGCAAGCUGUGCCCGCUGCACCGGGAGUCGUCGAGUUGGUGCGCGCUGAGCCCGGUGUGGUUUACAUCUUGAAAUAAAUUGAUGAAUGAGUCAUAGGGAAUGUGAGUGGUUUUAGGGCAGUGAAUUACUCAUUUCAAAUUUGUUUUUAGGUUGGUGUUACGUUGAAUUCGAUUAUUAAACAAGCGAUACAAAUAAAUACAUUUAUAUUUUUAUUAACGAUAAACAA